CAUCCACCAACCACCCCACUCACGCGCGGCUCGCUCGCUUCACCUCCUCUCCGCCUCUCGCCCGCAUUGAUUGUUAUUGUGAUUAUUAUUAUUUUCUUUUACCCUUUUUUUAGUUGACUGAAACAAAACAAAGCAAAAAAAAAAAAAAAAAAAAAAAAGGGCCACUGGAUGUCUGCCUCGUUGGGGGGUGAGCCAGCCAGACUGACAAACAAACAGCCCCAACUGUGUUCGGGGGAGGGUUUCGCCUCCCGCUUUGCCCGGCAGCAGCAGCAUGGACGUGUUGGCUAGUUAUAGUAUAUUCCAGGAGCUACAACUUGUCCACGACACCGGCUACUUCUCAGCUUUGCCAUCCCUGGAGGAGACCUGGCAGCAGACAUGCCUUGAGUUGGAGCGCUACCUCCAGACAGAGCCUAGGAGGAUCUCAGAGACCUUUGGGGAAGACUUGGACUGCUUCCUCCACGCUUCUCCUCCUCCGUGCAUUGAGGACAGCUUUCGACACCUGGACCCGCUGCUACUACCAGUGGAGGCAGCCAUCUGUGACAAGAGCUCUGCUGUGGACAUCCUGCUCUCUCGGGACAAAUUGCUCUCAGAGACCUGCCUCAGCCUCCAGCCGACCAGCUCUUCCCUGGACAGCUACACCACUGUCAACCAGGCCCAGCUCAACGCCGUGACCUCACUUACGCCACCAUCCUCCCCUGAGCUCAGCCGCCACCUGGUCAAGACCUCCCAGACUCUGUCUGCCGUGGAUGGCACAGUGACCUUGAAACUGGUGGCCAAGAAGGCGGCACUGGGCUCUGUCAAGGUGGGAGGGGUGGCUACCGCCGCAGCUGCAGUGACUGCUGUAGGGACCGUUAAGAGUGGACAGAGUGACAGUGAGCAAGCAGGGGCUGAGGCCUGUCCAGAAAACAAGAAGAGGGUACACCGUUGUCAGUUUAACGGGUGCCGCAAAGUCUAUACUAAAAGCUCCCACUUAAAGGCCCACCAGAGGACUCACACAGGUGAGAAGCCUUACAAGUGCUCAUGGGAAGGGUGUGAGUGGCGUUUUGCCCGGAGUGAUGAGCUCACAAGGCACUACAGGAAACACACAGGUGCGAAGCCCUUCAAGUGCAACCACUGCGACAGGUGUUUUUCCAGGUCUGACCAUCUUGCCCUCCACAUGAAGAGACAUAUCUAAAAUAAAUAAAUAAACCGAAAGGCCAGAGCUGCCAAGGCAUCGGCCAUUGUCUGAGGAAACGCUGUGAGGCAGGGGCUGGACUUCCAGUGGGGAUCAGUUGCCUCGCAGAAGAAAGUUCUCACUUACAAACCUCCGUGUACACCCACCCACACACAGACACACACCCACAGAACCACAGGCGCACUCACAGAUCGACUCACACACACAUACUGUCAUGCACUCAGCUAUAUUUAAAACAUAUACGUCUAUUCUCUAUGCCUUGCCCUAGCCAGAUGGUGGAAGACAAAGCGGAAGGAAACCAGGUGAACUAACUCAGCAAGGCAGACUGGCUGCUUACUUCAGCAUUAUUGGAAUUAUUUCCUGCUGUUGCCAAUGGAAAUCCAAAAACAUGGAGGCGACGUGUGUGCAGGCGGAGAGCAGUAAGAGGGCCUUCUCUCACUUGCUUCUCAGAGCGACUUGACAGGACAGUCCCACGUCUUCAAGUUAUUGAUGUGUAGCACUAAUGUUCUGUUUUUUAAAAUAGUUGGGGGAAAAAAUGACCUAGAAAAACCAAAUUGAAGUUUGGUAGCCAAAAUGAACUCUUGGUUUAUCUGUCCUUUGUGUGUGAAAAGUCCUCCUAUUCCAUGCGUCCAACUUCCUCACAGAACUGUUGAUCAGUUUUGGUUCUUCUUAGUACUAUUGAUAUCUUUCAAGUCAAUACCCAACGGCCUUAGUGGCGGCCGACUCUGGAAUUCCACCUUACACCUUUCUGGCCUGCAUUUCUCUACUCUUCACUCUCCAGAGACGAGUGUUGAUUUUGUUUUUUUUUUUUUGUUUUUUAAUCUUUUUGACUCUGCACACCAUAUGCACUAGGGAGUCUGGAAAUUUCUACUAGCAGGACUGCAAAGUGGCCAAGAGAAUGAGGCUAAGUCCCUUCUUGCCAGUGCUAGAUUUUUGUUUAUUUUUACUUUUUUAAUGUUUUUGCUAAUGAAAACUUGAAAAAUGCUUAUUUGGAAGCUGAAAUGUUUUAGCUUUUUUCUCCAUGGACUAAAAUCUCUCCAGGAAUUAUCUAUUUGUCUCUCUCUCUCUGUCUCUCUCCCUCUCUCUGUCUCUCUCUUUGUCUGUCUCUCUCUCUCUCUCUCUGUCUGUCUCUCUCUCUCUCUCUCUCUCUCUCUCUCUCUCUCCACCUGGAUGUUCAGCUUUCCAAGCAGCCAAUCAGAUGGGACCUUCCAGUUUUCUCAUCCAACCUGAGGCAUCAUGACCUUGGCUCAUAGUGACCAGCCCUGUGCUAUGUGUCAUUCCUAAACCUGUUUCAGCAUAGAUGUCGCUUGUCACAAAAGGGCAGCUGCAGACUUAACCUAGUUCUGGGUUAGGACCUGACAAAAAUUUUAAAAAGCCAAAUAUAUCCCUCUUGCCAGGAGUGGGGGUACACUGAGGAUGCCUCCUGAGUCUAGUGGCUUCAAAAUCCAUCCUCCUCUCUUUCUUUCUCACCCCUACUGAGCUCCUCUUGACCCACCCCGUCUCCUCAUUCCAAACCACAAUUCAGAAG